AUGAGUACCGGAACUCAAACAUGGUUUAUCACUGGUUGCUCCAGUGGAUUCGGAGAGCAGCUCGUCCGACAACUACGCGCGCUGGGUGAUAACGUUGUUGCAACAGGCCGCAAUGCAGACACAAAGCUCGCACAUCUGAAAGACACCGGUGCUACAAUUCUUGAUUUAGAUGUUACGGCACCUCAAGCUGAGCUAGAUGCCAAAUUUCAACAGGCAAUUGAUAUCUACAGCAGUGUCGAUGUGCUUGUCAAUAACGCGGGCUUCAUCCAAUGUGGAGCUCUUGAGGAGCUGACACAAGAGGAUAUGCAGCAAGCUCUAAACACCAACUUCCAUGGGCCUAUCAACCUUACACGAUCUGCGUUGCCACACUUCCGCAGUAAGGGUGCGAAUGGCGGUGGUCUCAUUAUCUAUAUGAGCUCACAGGGUGGAUUGAUUGGCGAGCCCGCGGGCGCAGCAUACUGUGCUACGAAAUUCGCACUCGAAGGCGCUGUGGAGAGUCUAUCAAGAGAACUUGGAUGGUUAGCACCGGGUGUUAAGCUUCUCUUGCUUGAGGCAGGCCACUUCCGUACUGAGGUGAUGAAUAAUGUCAACCAUGUGCCAUAUCGGGUAGACUUCUGGAAGCCACUCAACGAUGCAGCCCGUGUGCGUGGCGCUGGAAACUAUGGAAAUGAGCCCGGAGACCCUACCAAGAUGGUUGCUAGAGUUAUUGAGAUCGCCAAGGGUACAGGCGUCGCGGAGGGUAAGGAGAUUCCACUGCGCAUUCCAUUUGGCAGUGAUUGUGUGAAGAACAUCAACGAGAAGUUAAAAGCCUUCAACAAAAUUAUGAAGGACUGGGAUGAAGUGGCACGAAUCUGGAUCCGGUCACAAACCACCUCCGUGCUGGAGCUGGAACAGGAAUGGGAACAGGAAGUUCAAGUUGCCUCGAACUCGGAGGAUCUGCCGUUUGUGAUUCGAUCUUAUCUCGGGGGCCAAUGGGACCACUAG